UUUUCUGUCCAAGUCUCGCGAUAACAACGUACCUGAGUGGGUAACGUGAGUGACACCUGAGGCUCGGGGCAGGAGCAGGAGACUGGGGACGGGAAGCGACCUGAGAAUGUCUUUGAAUGAAGAGGGUUAUGUGGUUCGGAUCAGAGGACUACCGUGGUCCUGUACGCAGGAGGAGGUUGCCAGUUUCUUCUCUGACUGUGACAUCGUUGGGAAAGUAAAUGGAGUGUGCUUUACCUACUCUAAAGAAGGCCGUCCCAGUGGAGAGGCAUUUAUUGAGCUGAAAAUGUCCGAAGAUUUCAAGAAUGCCCUCACCAAGGACCGUAAAUACAUGGGACACCGAUACAUAGAGGUGUUCAAGUCAAAUCGUAGUGAAAUGGACUGGGUGCUAAAACGUAGCGGUCCUGCUGACUAUGAAAGCUCCAGUGGUUGCAUGCUGCGACUUCGAGGCCUACCGUUUGGCUGCAGCAAGGAGGAGAUUGUUCAGUUCUUCUCAGGGUUGAGAAUCGUGCCAAAUGGGAUUACUCUGCCAGUGGACUACCAGGGGAGGAGCACAGGGGAAGCCUUCGUGCAGUUUGCCUCAAAGGAGAUAGCAGAAAAUGCUCUGGGGAAACACAAGGAAAGAAUAGGGCACAGGUACAUAGAGAUUUUUAAGAGCAGUCGCAAUGAGAUCAGAGCCUACUACGAGCUGCCACGGCGGGGAAUGGGAGGCCAGAGACCGGGGCCCUACGAUAGACCCAUGAUGGGGGGACCCAGGGGAGGGUUUUUUGUGCCCGGGCUUGGCCGCGGCGGGGCUCUGAUGGACACCAUGAGGAGUGGAGGGGGCUACGGAGAAGGUUUCUGUGACUUUGACAGCUUCAAUGGUUUCAACAACUACUGUUUUGGCAACGGCAUGUUUGAUGAGCGGGUGAGAGGAGAGAGGGGAGGAAGAGGGAUGGGCGUCCACGGUUACGGUGGUCAAAGUGAUGUUUGCUCAGGCUUCCACAGCGGCCAUUUUGUCCACAUGAGGGGUUUACCUUUCCGUGCCACAGAGGGAGACAUUGCCAAGUUCGUCUCUCCUUUGAAUCCAAUAAGGGUCCACAUUGAUGUGGCUCCUAACGGAAAGUCGACUGGAGAAGCAGACGUGGAGUUUCGCUCCCAUGAAGAAGCUGUAGCAGCCAUGUCCAAAGACAAGAACCACAUGCAGCAUCGGUAUAUUGAGCUGUUUCUUAACUCGUCAGCCAGUGGAGCGGCUGAAAUGAGUCGUGGCAGUGGUGGUUACUACGGUAACUCGGGAGGGGGCGGAGACUCACGGAGCAGUGGGCUGAGAUGUUCUUACUGAUGAUGUCGUCCCACUUUUCCAUCCAUCUUGGCGUUUGUCUCGCGUCUAUUCAGGCCACAUUUACUCAAUUGCUUUUGCUGAGUUAAGGAGCUGAUCUGAAGUCAGUCACUCGUGUAACGGUUGUUCUUUUUAUUGUGGUUUUGUACUAAAACUUAAAUUCAGAAUCAAGAAUAGAACAGACCAGACAUGACCUUAACAAGGACUAUUAUUACACCGGUCCUUACAGCAUAAAGAACAAAGUAACUUAAGAUGUAGGUGCUGGACAUGUUUAACAGGUUAUUUACGAGAUUUGUUAUUUAUCUUAUAUUUUAAAACAAUUGGAUAUUGUAAUAUAGUUUUUCAUUAUUCACACAAAAGUAUAUUUUGAUACAGGAGAAAAUAGUACAUCUUGUGGCACUGUCGAGACUGAGCUCGGUCACUUUAUAUCUAAUCAUUAUAUUUUAACUUGGAUGACGUGUUCAGGUGAAAGCUGCUCUUUAGGAAGGUGGAGCCGUGAGAAGCUACAUCAAAACAUUACACGUAGCUCUAGGUUAGAACAUUUGAGCAUCCUGCAUUUCAGAUCAGCUUUCUUGGUUUGAAAAGUUUGAUAAAUGUGAGCCAGUGAGUUUUUAAUGAAUGUUUUCACAGUUCAUUCUCUGAAAGAGUGGAAGUAAAAUAAAGUCUAUAUUUGAGCUGUAAGAUGGCUUAUGCAGCUGUUGUACAUUUUGCAUAAUAAAUUUUAUAUUUAAUUCUGA